AUGUCGACACAACCCAAGACAGCGAAGGUCUACCGUCGUGUUUCGCGCGAUGAAGUCGCCAAGCACAACAAACCCGACGAUCUCUGGAUCAUUGUCGACAGUUACGUGUACGACCUGAGCGACUUUAUUGAUGUCCACCCGGGUGGCGAGGCUGUUCUGCAACAGCCUGACAUUGCGGGCCAAGAUGCAACAGAGACGUUUUUUGGUCUGCACAAUGUUGCCAUCCUGCAACGCCCGGGCACGCAGAAGAUGAUUGUUGGGCAGAUCGAGGGCGAAGAGUCGGAGGUGCGCUACCCUCAGGCCGGUGAGCUUUCGCAAGUCCCAUAUGCAGAGCCUACCUGGCUGCUGCCCAAGUACAAGUCGCCGUACUACAACGAGUCGCACCGCCGCCUCCAGAGAGAGAUGCGGACUUUGGUCGACGAGCACGUCAUUCCAGAAUCACGACUUCGCGAUGCGGACGGCAAGCGUCCCGACCCCAAGCUUGUGCAAAUGUUUGGCAGAAUCGGGCUUAACGCCAUGCAAAUGGGGAGCGGCAAGCAUUUGCUCAGACGCAAACUAUUUGCCGAUAUUCAGCCAGAAGAGUUUGACCACUUCCACGAGUUGAUCAUCAAGCAAGAGUUUGCACGCGUUAGUAGUCGUGGAUUCAUGGUUGGCUUGAGUGGGGGUAUGGUCAUUGGACUGCCACCCAUUCUCAAUUUUGGCUCUGACGACCUGAAGGAGGAGAUUGUCGAGCCCGUUUUGGCCGGCGAAAAGUUUAUUUCGCUUGCAAUUACCGAAGCGUUUGCUGGCAGUGAUGUAAGGGGGUUGAAGACGUACGCAAAGAAGACCGAAGACGGCGAGCAUUACAUUGUCAACGGCACCAAGAAGUGGAUUACCAACGGCCAUUUUGCCGACUACUUUACUACCGCCGUGCGCACGGACGAGGGCUAUGCCAUGAUUCUGAUCCCGCGUGCUCUUGGCGUAGAAACGCGCCCUAUCCACACAUCCUAUUCUUCCUCUGCAGGCACUGCAUUUGUCAUGUUCAACAAUAUCAAGGUGCCCAGUCGUUACUUGGUCGGCAAGGAUGGCAUGGGUAUUCCGAUUGUCCUUUCCAACUUUAACCACGAGCGCUGGGUCAUUUGCUGCGGCGUUGCUCGUUCUUCGCGCGCUGCCUGUGAAGUGCUGUUUAAGUGGAUGAUGCAGCGCAAAGUGUUUGGCAAGCCGCUGUCGAACCAGGCUGUUGUGCGUCAAAAGCUUGGGUUCCUGCUUGCACAAGUCGAGGCGUGCCAGGCUUAUUUGGAGAACAUCACUUACCAGAUGAACAAUAUGAGCUAUAACGAUCAGUCGAAGUACCUUGCCGGGCAGAUUGCGCUGCUAAAGGCGUGGUCGACGCGCGUCGCACACGAAGUGGCAGACAAUGCAGUUCAAAUUAUGGGUGGUCGUGGUUUGACAACGACGGGGUUGGGUGCGCCGAUUGAAAUGUACAACCGCACGUACAAGUUUGACGCAGUGCUAGGCGGCUCGGAGGAAAUCAUGUCGGAUCUCGGUAUUCGCCAAGCGAUUCGAUCCUAUCCGCGCGGUGCUCGACUCUAG